AUGGCGCCGCUCUCCUACUCCAAGACGGCCAAGGUGCCGAGAAGACCCUUCGAGGCCGCUCGUCUGGACUCUGAGUUGAAGCUCGUCGGCGAGUAUGGUCUGAGGAACAAGCGUGAGGUCUGGCGUGUCCAGCUCACCCUGUCCAAGAUUCGUCGUGCUGCCCGUCAGCUUCUUACCCUCGACGAGAAGGACCCCAAGCGUCUGUUCGAAGGCAAUGCCCUCAUUCGUCGUCUGGUUCGUGUCGGUGUGCUCGACGAGUCCCGCAUGAAGCUCGAUUACGUGCUGGCCCUGAAGGUUGAAGAUUUCUUGGAGCGUCGUCUCCAGACUUGCGUCUACAAGCUGGGUCUCGCCAAGUCGAUCCACCACGCUCGUGUCCUCAUCCGCCAGAGACACAUUCGCGUCGGCAAGCAGAUCGUCAACGUCCCGUCCUUCAUCGUUCGUCUCGACUCCCAGAAGCACAUUGACUUCGCCCUCACCUCGCCCUUCGGUGGCGGACGCCCCGGUCGUGUCCGAAGAAAGAAGGCCAAGGCCGCUGAGAAGGGCGAUGAUGCUGGUGAUGAUGAGGAGGAGGAGUAA